AUGGCGCCACCGUAUGUAUCGCAGGUACGUGGCACGUGUGUCGUCCGCAAUGAGCUGCCGCCAGUCACUCCCUUCGCCCCGUCAACCAGCCCAAUGCCGUCGCCGGGUGUGCUCACUCGACUGCUCGCGCGCUCCUCCAUUGCAUCUCUCUUGCUGCCCGCCAAACUCAAUGGCGCCUCGCGGGUGCUGCUUUCCACCAAUCCCUUGGCUCAAGUUCCUCGCGGCCGUGCGCGCGGAAGCGGCGUGGUGCGCGCAUCCGUGAGUGUGCUGGACGAGGCGGAGCGCGAGCUGCAGCGCAAGUCGAUGGCGGAGCUGCGCGCCCUGGCCAAGGCGCGGGGGCUGCGCGGAGAUACCAAGGCGGAGCUCGUGGAGCAGCUACUGCUAUCAGGCGCGGCCUCACUCGCGUACUCCGCUCCUGCGCAACCACCCGCCCCCCCGGCCGUGGUGCCGGGCGGCGCGGACGCAAUGACGCAGCUGCUGGAGAAGAUGCCGCUUCCGCAGCUGCGCGAGCUGGCGCGCGAGCGGGGCUCGCGGUCGUCCACGCGCGCCGACAUCCUGAGAGACCUGCGCCUCAUAAUGGCCGGACAGCCCCUGCCCAAGCCUCCCCCGCGACCCGCGCCUGUCAUCCCCCCGCCCUCCCCCUCGCCCGCGCCCCCAGCCUCCCCGCCCGCUGCCGCAAAAGGCGUGUCUGCACCUGCGCGCCCCCCCCCAGCAGCCUCGGCGGGCGCAGGCGGAGGGGCAGGAGCGCGGGAGAAGGAGCUGUUGGGGUUGGGGCUGGCGGAGCUGCGGCAGAUGGCGCGCGCGCAGGGCGUGCGCGGGGACACCAAGGCGCAGAUCGUCGCCGCGCUGCUGUCAGUGCCGGGGGCUCACAUGCGCGCCCCUCGUCCCCCACACGCCCCGCCUGCCCUCCGCAGAGCCCAGCAGGCCGCCACGCCAGUCAAGGCCAAACCGCCCUCCCCACAACCCGCUGCUCCUGCUGUUGCCGCCUCUCCUGCUCCCGCGGCCGCCAAACCUGCUCCCAAACCAGCUGCUCCCAAGCCUGCGGCUGCCAAGCCUGCAGCAGGUGGGGGGGCGGCGAAAGGGGCGGCGGAGAAGGCGGCGGGGGAGAAGGGGGAGGUGGAGCUGGCGUUGGAGGCGAUGGAUAUGGGCGAGCUGCGGUACCUGGCGCGGGAGAGAGGACUCAAGGGCGACACCAAGGACGAACUCGUCAAGGCCCUCGCCGAAGGACCGCCCCCCACGUUGGGGUUCAUCGGGCUGCCUCCGCCCUCCGCCCCCCGCCGCCGCCGCAUGCCCAAGUUCCGCGCGCCCCCUAAAGACGUCCCCGCGUCCGCCGCCGCUGCUGCAGCUGGCGCUGAGCAGGCGGAAGGGGAGCAGGAGAAGGCGCAGGCGGAGGAGGUGGCGGCAGCAGGGGAGGAGGCGGCGAGGGAGGCGGAGGUGGCAGGUGCGGAGGCGUUGCUGCCGCCCUUCCAGUCCACCGCUGCACCCGACUCCCCUUCGCCCGCCCCUCUGCUGCCCGUGACUCCGGGGGAGAUGGCAGGGGAGGUGGCGCGGCUGAGGGAGGCAGUGGCGGGGAUGAGGGGGGAGGUGGAGGAGGAGGCGAGGCGGGUGAAGGGGGAGAAUGAGGAGGAGCGCAGCAGCAAGUACGUGCGCACUGCUGUCAUCGGGGGCGUGGGGCUCGCGCUGCUGCCGCUGCUGCUGCCCGCCCUCAUCUCUGCCGUCCGCCAACCAGCCCCUCCCCCUCAGGUACGCCUUCCCCUCAGGUAUGCCCCCCCCUCAGCACACGGCAUGGGGAACAUGGGGGAGGACCCAGGGGCCGAUGGCAGUGCAGCACGGGUGGAGCUGGCGUCAGAGACAGCGGUGCUGCUGCAGUCGCUGCUGGCAGCGGAGUCGUCCUCGCUGGCGGAGCUCAAGGCCCUCGUGCCCCUCAUCGCCCCCGACCUUGACGAUGCCACCCGCGCCGACCGCGCCGCCAUGUUCUGCCAGGCCGUGCCGCCCGCCUCCCGCUCCCCCCAGGCUGAACGCUUCUGCAAUGCUGUCAGCACCGUUAGGGGAGGGCAGUGA